AUGGCGGAGAAACUGAUUGUCCUCGGUGACGUCAAUGCCCGAGUCGGCGCAGACCAUGCUGCCUGGGAGGAAGUGUCGGAGCGCUACGCGAUUGGCAGAUUGAACAGCAAUUGUAUCGUUCUCAUCUGCCGCCAACCAGACGGUAAACUGGCGACGUCAGUCUACAGAAAACCGACGAACACGCUGCAAAUGCUCAGUUACAACAGCAAACACCCACUGCAACACAAACGAAGCUGUGUACGCACGAUAUACCGACGGGUGGAAACUCAUUGCAGCACUCCAGUCGCCAAACUGGACGAGAUGAAGCUCCUCCAAGAACUCUUCAGAGCCAACGGCUAUCCGCGAACAUUCGUUGAAUGGAGCCGAAAGCAACCAAGGAAGCGGAAUGAAGAACCUAGUCAGCCAAAAUCGUGGCGGAGCAUUCCAUACAUGAAAGGGGUCUCCGAAGCCUUAGCCAGAUCCCUCGCGCCGCUCGGAAUAGGCGUUGCCCACAGGCCCGACUCAACAAUCCGCCGGCAAGUGAUGCUGCCAAAAGACCCGAUCUCUAAACAGGAGAUGUCGGCUGUUGUCUACCGACUUCAGUGCAGCUGCGGAAUGUGUAACUACGUUGGGGAAACCGGCCGACGGCUGCAAACGCGCAUGCACGAGCAUAAGUUGGCCGUGCGAAGGUUGGACCCAAAGUCGGAGGUAGCAACCCAUGCCGCCCAAAUGGGACACGUCUUCAACUUUGACACCGUUGAAAUUGUGGGCCGAGGUGAUGAUCAUACGGCAAGGCAGGUGCAAGAAGCCUGGAUGUCUACAGACUGUUCUGUCACCCGCCACAUCAAUUUACCGCCCCCUUAUCUGGUUUUACCGACAUUCUUGACGGGGGACAGUCACGGCGCAGGGCAAUCGGGGCCGCCAAUUAUCACCGCGGCCGACGAAGAUGGGCGGGAUUCAGGUCACGGUGACAUGCGGGUCGGAUGCAGCCACACAGGCGGCAUUGAUGGGCCAGGCAUUGGACAAAGUGCGCCAUGAAAAGUAAAGCUGUGUGCACAACUGCUCAGUCUCUGAAGAUGGGUAAAAGAAACGACUACCCGAAAAGUCAGACCUCAAAUACAUCUCUCCCGGUGAACGCCUCCUCUUCUUUUGAUAUGCCACCCGGCAAUCGCAUUUUCACUACUAUUAAUUGUAUUAUUCUUCUGCAGGCCUGAACGAAACGGAGUCUUCUCCGGCCUAAAAAGACUACGUGGAGUCACCCUCGCGUCGCUGCAUCUGCUGGGCCACAUCCUGUUUUGCAGGCGUAACCACCUUGGCGUACUAAUAACCAAUGUGAUGUGUGGUGCAUUUAUUGGAAGGUCGAGAGUUCACAAUUUUCGCGGAUCAUGAGCCAUUCACCUUUGCUCUGCAUUCCCACUCUGACAAACUAAACCCCCGGGAGAUCCGCCACCUGGAUUACAUUUCGCAAUUCACUUCAGACAUCCACAAUAUUGACGGGCCACGGAAUGAGGUGGCUGACGCACUGUCCAGACCCUCUAUCGCUCACCUCAAGCUUUCACCUGGGAUAGACCUCGCUGAGAUGGCCGCUGAACAACGCCGUAUCGGUUCACCAUGUGAUGAGGAUGUUUCCGGACUCCAGCUUCGGGAGCUACCACUGACAAUUGGCAACGGCACCAUUCUAUGUGACGUAUCCACCUCAUCCCAUCGUCCAUUUGUGCCACCAUCCCUCCGCCGCAAAGUUUUCUCCUCCCUGCAACUCUAUCUCACCCUGGGAGUCGAGCUACCGACAAGCUGGUUUCCGACCGCUUUGUCUGGCCUGGGAUGCACGAGGACCUAAAAGCAUGGACACGAGCUUGUGUCGCCUGUCAACGGAGUAAGGCCCAGCGGCACAACAAGGCCCCCAUUGGUACAUUCCCCAGCCCUGGUGCAAGGUUCAGCCACGUUCAUCUCGACAUUGUAGGCUCCCUGCCUCUGCCCACUGGUAGUUCCUAUCUCCUCACCUGCGUACACCGGUUCACCCGGUGGCCUGAAGCUAUCUCCUGCCUGACAUUGCUGCUCCAACGGUGGUCAAGGCUUUUCUAAGUCGUUAGGUUGCCAUCUUUGGUGCACCCUCCACUAUCACGACUGACUGCGGUGUCCAGUUCAAGUCUAACCUCUUACAGUCUCUCUUCUCCUUUUUAGGCUAUACACGUAUCCGGACGACAGCCUAUCACAUGGCUGUCAACGGGAUGGUCGAGCGGUUUCACCACCAACUGAAGACCUCCCUACGCGCCGCGGCCGUUCUGGAGAACUGGACGGACCACCUUCUCCUGGUCGCGUUGGGCAUCCGCCCAACUCUCAAGCACGACCUUGACUGUUCCGCGUCCGAACUGGUGUUUGGCGCCACCGUCCGACUGCCCGGUGAGAUGAGCUCACCAACCCCGCGAGGUGCAGUUGAGGAUCUCCUGUCUUAUCCUGGUAUCCAUAGUCUGGGAUUGGCAGUCGUGUCCUUUGCGCUCGCAACAGUGGUGACCCCUUGGACGUUCACGCUUACGCCUGUUAUCUGUUGA